GUCAGCCGACCCGCCCCCCCACCCCCCGACUCCGGCACCAGCAUGGCGUCCAGCGAGGAGGACGGCGGCGCGGCGUCGGAGGAGAAGGAAAACAACAACAAGAAACGCGGCAAAGGCACCAUGGCCACGGCGUGGCUCGCCUUCUACAACAUCGCCAUGACGGCCGGGUGGUUGGUCCUGGCCAUGGCGAUGAUGCGCUUCUACAUGCAGAAAGGUACACAUAAGGGCCUGUACAGAAGUAUAGCCAGGACCCUCAAGUUUUUCCAGACUUUUGCUUUAAUCGAGGUAGGACACUGUGCCAUCGGCCUGAUUAGGACGUCGGUAAUCGUUACCGGGGUGCAAGUGAGCUCGCGUAUCUUCAUGGUGUGGUUCGUCACCAACAGCAUCAGACAGAUCCAGAACGAAGAAAGCGUGGUCCUUUUCCUAGUGGUGUGGACCCUGACUGAGAUCACCAGAUAUUCGUACUACACCUUCAACCUGCUCCAUCACCUGCCGUACUUCAUCAAAUGGGCCAGAUAUACCCUGUUCAUCAUCCUGUACCCGCUGGGCGUGGCAGGUGAGCUGCUGACCAUCUACUCGGCGCUGCCCUUCGUGCGCCGCUCAGGCAUGUACUCCAUGAGGCUCCCCAAUAAGUACAACGUGUCCUUCGACUACUACUACUGCCUGGUGGUCAUCAUGCUAUCCUACAUCCCGUUGUUCCCUCAGCUCUACUUCCACAUGCUGCGGCAGAGGAGGAAGGUGCUCCACGGUGAGGUCAUCGUGGAGAAGGACGACUAGUUGCAGCCAGCCGGGUCGCCACGUCAUCAUUUUCAUCAUCAGCCGCCACCGCCGCCGCCACACACCCGACAAAAGCAGAGGAGACACAAUUGCUGUUUACAAAAGGUCGGAAAGAGACGCACUGAGAGCUGACGUGGAGGAGCAAUAACUCGGAUAGUAAUAGUGUCCCAGAUAAUUAACAAGAAAACAGGAACGCUGAAAGACAAUAAAUGUCCAUGUAGACAACACUUUUUGUGUAGAAUUGUUUGAGGGAAAACACCUAACAUUUUGUCUACAUUUGCUGAAGAUAUUUACCUGUAAGUAUGUGUGUGGAUGCGGAUGUUUGUGCGUGUCACUACUUUGAUUCCCUCCAAACAAAAAGGUGCUAACAUGUUCCCGUUGAUGUUCAAUCAACCAUUCUGUUCCGAGGAACACCAGGCCGCAAUUUACAUGGGCGGGGUGCAGGUGGAAACUAUAGAAAUGUGAAAUCAUGUGCCAAAAUCAAUCAACUCUACAAUAUUCAGAGUUUUGUGAUCACCUUGAAACCGACUCAAUAAAAUUGGAAUUUGAACAAAU